AUGUUAUCAACAACUAAAAUGAAAAGUUCAGAACGUGUUUCAAUCGAUGAUACUCUUCGCAAUUUUAAGAUCAGUAAAAUAUUUAAUUUACAAACGCAAAACCAUGUCACUGGUUCGAAUGAUAGCGAGCCAACAUCGUUGGAUAGUGACAAAAUUCAUCGACGAAACCCGUUAGCGGUUCGACAAGAAACUCGGCCAUUGGAUGACAUCUUCUUGUCAGAAACGACACUGGCAGAUCUGCAAUUGAGCGAAAUGCCUGGCUUACAUAAUACGGAACAAUGGAAACGAAUUGCCACACGUAUUGGUCAAAAGUCUCCGCCUCUUUCUCGUCAGUAUUAUCAAACAGCUGUUUCCGUAACUGGAGCUCAAGAUGGACAAGUCUCGCAAGUUCUCGCAUCUUACCGCCGACCAGGACGAACAGAAAGUGAACAGGAGACGUCCUUGGCACCGUUGUCGAAACUAAAAUCUAAACGUCGGCAAAUCAUUAUUAGUCUAUUCAUUUUUGCCAUUCUAGUUAUGAUCGUCGUAGCGAUUGUUGUUGCUGUUAUUUUAGUUCGAAAGCCUAAAGAUCCCACAACAGAUUAUUAUUCUGGUAGUAUAGUUGUACGAGCACGUUUCGAUCCUGCUCUUCUCUCCACUUCUUCAACAUUGGCUAAAAACUAUGAAAGAGAAUUUUGUACUCUGAUCAGUACAACAUUAUCCGAUCGAAAAACGAAAUACGCUAUAUUUUAUUCGACGUGUAGCGUUUAUAAUUAUCGUAAUGGAAGUAUCAUCGGUGAUUUUACGUUAGGAUUCACGCGUUACCAAAAUGUCACCCGACUCAAUGCAUUUCUCGAUCGAACCAUUGUCAACGGACAAUUAUUUGGUGGCACGGUUACAUCGAUAAUGUUUAAUUCGACAACAGGUAUCAACACAAAUGCAACUGAUUACGAUACAGACUACGAUCAGCAAACUUCACUGAGUUCAAACGCUUUGGCACAAUAUUAA